AUGACCAAAAAAGACCUCGGUUCAAUUUGGCAUCUUUCUUUCUUUCAAUUUGGUUCGACUUGUUACCUUUUUUCUUUCCGUUAUUUUUCUUUCUUUCUUUCUUUCUUUCUUUCUUUCUUUCUUUCUUUCUUUCUUUCUUUCUUUCUUUCUAUUUGGCCCGACUUGUUACCUUUCUUUCUUUCUUUUCUUUCUUUCUAUUUGGCUCGACUUGUUACUUUUCUUCUUUCCAUUAUUCUCCUUUCUUUCUUUCUUUCUUUUUUUUUCUUUCUUUCUUUCUUUCUUUCUUUUCUAUUUGGCUCGACUUGUUACUUUUUCUUCUUUCCAUCAUUCUCCUUUCUUUCUUUCUUUCUUUCUUUCUUUCUUUCUUUCUUUCUUUCUUUUCUUUCUUUCUUUCUUUCUUUUCUUUCUUUCUUUCUUUCUAUUAGAUUCGACAUGUUACCUUUGUUCUUUUUGCCAUCUUUCUUUUUUUUUUCUUUCUUUCUUUCUUUCUUUCUUUCUUUCUUUCUUUCUUUCUUUCUUUCUUUCUUUCUUUCUGUCGUUGCUUUAAUUUCUUUUUCUUUUUUUUUCUUUUUACCUUUCUUUUUUUCAUUUUCCUUUCUUUCCUUUGUAUUUGGUUCGCCUUGUUACCUUUAUUCUUUCCAGUUUGUCUUUCUUUUCGUUAUUUUCUUUCUUUCUUUCUUUCUUUCUUUCUUUCUUUCUUUCUUUCUAUUUGGCCCGACUUGUUACCUUUCUUUCUUUCUUUCUUUCUUUCUAUUUGGCUCGACUUGUUACUUUUCUUCUUUCCAUUAUUCUCCUUUCUUUCUUUCUUUCUUUCUUUCUUUCUUUCUUUCUUUCUUUCUAUUAGAUUCGACAUUUUGUCUUUCUUUUCGUUAUUUUCUUUCUUUCUUUCUUUUCUUUCUUUUCUUUCUUUCUUUCUUUAUUUGGCCCGACUUGUUACCUUUCUUUCUUUCUUUCUUUCUAUUUGGCUGGACUUGUUACUUUUCUUCUUUCCAUUAUUCUCCUUUCUUUCUUUCUUUCUUUCUUUCUUUCUUUCUUUUUUUUUUUCUUUUCUUUCUUUCUAUUAGAUUCGACAUGUUACCUUUGUUCUUUUUGCCAUCUUUUUUUUUUUCUUUCUUUCUUUCUUUCUUUCUUUCUUUCUUUGUCUUUGUCUUUCUUUUCGUUAUUUUCUUUUUUCUUUCUUUUCUUUCUUUUUUUUCUUUCUUUCUUUCUUUUCUUUCUUUCUUUCUUUCUUUCUAUUUGGCCCGACUUUUACCUUUUCUUUCUUUCUAUUUGGCUCGACUUGUUACUUUUCUUCUUUCCAUUAUUCUCCUUUCUUUCUUUCUUUCUUUCUUUCUUUCUUUCUUUCUUUCUUUCUUUCUAUUAGAUUCGACAUGUUACCUUUGUUCUUUUUGCCAUCUUUCUUUUUUUUUUCUUUCUUUCUUUCUUUCUUUCUUUCUUUCUGUCGUUGCUUUAAUUUCUUUCUUUACUUUUUCUUUUUACCUUUCUUUUUUUUUUCAUUUUCCUUUCUUUCCUUUGUAUUUGGUCCGCCUUGUUACCUUUAUUCUUUCCAGUUUGUCUUUCUUUUCGUUAUUUUCUUUCUUUCUUUCUUUCUUUCUUUCUUUCUUUCUUUCUUUCUAUUUGGCCCGACUUGUUACCUUUCUUUCUUUCUUUCUUUCUAUUUGGCUGGACUUGUUACUUUUCUUCUUUCCAUUAUUCUCCUUUCUUUCUUUCUUUCUUUCUUUCUUUCUUUCUUUCUUUCUUUCUUUCUUUCUUUCUAUUAGAUUCGACAUGUUACCUUUGUUCUUUUUGCCAUCUUUCUUUUUUUUCUUUCUUUCUUUCUUUCUUUCUUUCUUUCUUUCUGUCGUUGCUUUAAUUUCUUUCUUUCUUUUCUUUUUAGCUUUUCUUUUUUUUUUCGUUUUCCUUUCUUUCCUUUGUAUUUGGUUCGCCUUGUUACCUUUAUUCUUUCCAGUUUGUCUUUCUUUUCGUUAUUUUCUUUCUUUCUUUCUUUCUUUCUUUCUUUCUUUCUUUCUUUCUUUCUAUUUGGCCCGACUUGUUACCUUUCUUUCUUUCUAUUUGGCUCGACUUGUUACUUUUCUUCUUUCCAUUAUUCUCCUUUCUUUCUUUCUUUCUUUCUUUCUUUCUUUCUUUCUUUCUUUCUUUCUUUCUUUCUUUCUAUUAGAUUCGACAUUUUGUCUUUCUUUUCGUUAUUUUCUUUCUUUCUUUCUUUCUUUCUUUCUUUCUUUCUUUCUUUCUUUCUUUCUAUUUGGCCCGACUUGUUACCUUUCUUUCUUUCUUUCUUUCUAUUUGGCUCGACUUGUUUUUUUCUUCUUUCCAUUAUUCUCCUUUCUUUCUUUCUUUCUUUCUUUCUUUCUUUUUUUCUUUCUUUCUAUUAGAUUCGACAUGUUACCUUUUUCUUUUUGCCAUUUUUUUUUUUUUUCUUUUCUUUUUUCUUUCUUUCUUUUUCUUUCUGUCAUUCGACAUGUUACCUUUGUUCUUUUUGCCAUCUUUCUUUUUUCUUUCUUUCUUUCUUUCUGUCGUUGCUUUAAUUUCUUUCUUUACUUUUUCUUUUUACCUUUCUUUUUUUUUUCAUUUUCCUUUCUUUCCUUUGUAUUUGGUUCGCCUUGUUACCUUUAUUCUUUCCAGUUUGUCUUUCUUUUCGUUAUUUUCUUUCUUUCUUUCUUUCUUUCUUUCUUUCUAUUUGGCCCGACUUGUUACCUUUCUUUCUUUCUUUUUUUCUAUUUGGCUCGACUUGUUACUUUUCUUCUUUCCAUUAUUCUCCUUUCUUUUCUUUUUCUUUUCUUUCUUUCUUUCUUUCUUUCUUUCUUUCUUUCUUUCUUUUCUAUUAGAUUCGACAUGUUACCUUUGUUCUUUUUGCCAUCUUUUUUUUUUUUCUUUCUUUCUUUCUUUCUUUCUGUCGUUGCUUUAAUUUCUUUCUUUACUUUUCUUUUUUACCUUUCUUUUUUUUCAUUUUCCUUUCUUUCCUUUGUAUUUGGUUCGCCUUGUUACCUUUAUUCUUUCCAGUUUGUCUUUUCUUUUUCGUUAUUUCUUUUCUUUCUUUCUUUCUUUCUUUCUUUCUAUUUGGCCCGACUUGUUACCUUUCUUUCUUUCUUUCUUUCUAUUUGGCUCGACUUGUUACUUUUAUUCUUUCCAUUAUUCUCCUUUCUUUCUUUCUUUCUUUCUUUCUUUCUUUCUUUCUUUUCUUUUCUUUCUAUUAGAUUCGACAUGUUACCUUUGUUCUUUUUGCCAUCUUUCUUUUUUCUUUCUUUCUUUUCUUUCUUUCUUUCUUUCUUUCUCUCGUUGCUUUUAAUUUCUUUCUUUACUUUUUCUUUUUACCUUUCUUUUUUUUUUCAUUUUCCUUUCUUUCCUUUGUAUUUGGUUCGCCUUGUUAACUUUAUUCUUUCCAGUUUGUCUUUCUUUUUCGUUAUUUUCUUUCUUUCUUUCUUUCUUUCUUUUUUUUUCUUUCUUUCUUUCUUUUCUAUUUGGCCCGACUUGUUACCUUUCUUUCUUUCUUUCUUUCUAUUUGGCUCGACUUGUUACUUUUCUUUUCCAUUAUUCUCCUUUCUUUCUUUCUUUCUUUCUUUUCUUUCUUUCUUUCUUUCUUUCUUUCUAUUAGAUUCGACAUUUUGUCUUUCUUUUCGUUAUUUUCUUUCUUUCUUUCUUUCUUUCUUUCUUUCUUUCUAUUUGGCCCGACUUGUUACCUUUCUUUCUUUUCUUUCUUUCUAUUUGGCUCGACUUGUUACUUUUCUUCUUUCCAUUAUUCUCCUUUCUUUCUUUCUUUUUUCUUUCUUUCUUUCUAUUAGAUUCGACAUGUUACCUUUGUUCUUUUUGCCAUCUUUCUUUUUUUUCUUUCUUUCUUUCUUUCUUUCUUUCUGUCGUUGCUUUAAUUUCUUUCCUUUUUUCUUUUUACCUUUCUUUUUUUUCAUUUUCCUUUCUUUCCUUUGUAUUUGGCCUUGUUACCUUUAUUCUUUCCAGUUUGUCUUUCUUUUCGUUAUUUUCUUUCUUUCUUUCUUUCUUUCUUUCUAUUUGGCCCGACUUGUUACCUUUCUUUCUUUCUUUCUUUCUAUUUGGCUCGACUUGUUACUUUUAUUCUUUCCAUUAUUCUCCUUUCUUUCUUUCUUUCUUUCUUUCUUUCUUUCUUUCUUUCUAUUAGAUUCGACAUGUUACCUUUGUUCUUUUUGCCAUCUUUCUUUUUUUUCUUUCUUUCUUUCUUUCUUUCUUUCUUUCUUUCUUUCUUUGAUUUUGUUUUCUUUCUUUCUAUUCAGUUCGACUUGUUAUCUUUCUUAUUUCCGUUUUCUUUCUUUCUUUCUUUCUUUCUUUCUUUCUUUCUUUCUUUCUUUCUUUCAUUUGAUUUGCUUUCUUUUUUCUUUCGUCCUUUCUUUUUUCUUUGAUUUUGCUGUCUUUCUUUCUAUUCGAAUUGUUGCCUUUAUAAUCGUUCCUUUCUUUCUUUCUUUCUUUCUUUCUUUCUUUCUUUCUUUCUUUCUAGCCAUUCUUCAUCUAUCUGGUCAUUGUCAUUUUUGUUCUUUCUUUCUUUCUUUCUUUCUUUCUUUCUUUCUUUCUUUCUUCAUCUAUCUGCCAUUCUUCAUCUAUCUGGUCAUUGUCAUUUUUGUUCUUUCUUUCUUUCUUUCUUUCUUUCUUUCUUUCUUUCUUUCUUUCUUUCUUUCUAGCCAUUCUUCAUCUAUCUGGUCAUUGUCAUUUUUGUUCUUUCUUUCUUUCUUUCUUUUCUUUUCUUUCUUUCUUUCUUUCUUUUCUUUCUUUCUAGCCAUUCUUCAUCUAUCUGGCAUUUUAAUUGAUAAAUUUCCUCCAUCUUUUCCCCCAUUUUCUUCUUGUUCUUAUUUAAUUUUUCCUUCCUUCCUUCCUUCCUUCCUUCCUUCCUUCCUUCCUUCCUUCCUUCCUUCCUUCCUUCCUUCGGAUUUCAAAUUGUUUCUUCUUCAUUCUUCCUUCCUUCCUUCCUUCCUUCCUUCCUUCCUUCCUUUCUUUCUUUCUUUCUUUCUUUCUUUCUAUUCAACUUGCCUUUUUUGUUUCCAGCAUUUUUUAUUCAACAAGUCAUUGUCUUUUACUGUCUUUGUUUGUUUGUUUCAUUCUUUCUUUCUUUCUUUCUUUCUUUCUUUCUUUCUUUCUUACUUUCUUUCUUUCUUUCUAUUCGACUUGCUUACUUUCUUUCCAGUCUUUCUUUCUUCAGUAUGUCAUAGUCCUUUUCUUUCUUUCUUUCUUUCUUUCUUUCUUUCUUUCUUUCCUUUCUUUCUUUCUUUGCUUUCUUUCUUUCUUUCUUUCUUUCUUUCUCUCUCUCUUUCUUUCUUUCUUUCUUUUCGACUUGUCUUCGUUUUUCCUGCUUUUCUUUCUUCAGUGAGUCAUUGCCCUUUCUUUCUUUCUUUCUUUCUUUUUUUUUUCUUUCUUUAUUUAUUUAUUCUGUCCUUUUCUUUCCUUCCUUCUUUCUUUCCUUUUAUUUCUUCCUUCUUACCAUUCUUCCUCUUUGCAUUCCCGUCUUUACUUUUCUUCCAUUUUCUCCGUGUUUAUUUCCUUCUCUCUUUCUUUCCAUCCUUCCUUCCUUCCUUAUUCAUUUUUCUUUUCCUUCCAUUAAAUUUUUCAUUCAUCUUGUUUACUUUCUUUCCCUCCACUUUAAAGAGUUCAUUCCUUGAUAAUAUUCUAUUCUUCCUUUCUCUGUUCGUUCGUUCAUUCCUAUCCGUCAAUACCUUCUUUAAAUUCAUCUCACUUACGUCCUUCCUUCUUCUUCCCUUCCUCGCAUUCUUCCUUCCUAGUUUGAAUUCUUCCUUCCUUCAUUCCUCCACUUAG